AUGUCUGUUGGUGGAACGAUUGAAGAAACAGCCAAUGCUACGGCUGAUACUUUUAAAUCUCUUAGUCUUUCCCUUCCUUUUGAAACGACAAAGUAUACUUUUAUAUGUUUGUUUCUUACCAGAGUGUUAAAUUUAAAAGAUGAAGCUAAAAUUACUCAAUUGGUCAAUAAUAAUUCAAGUGAUAGUAUAGCAACAACAACAUUGAAGCCAACGAAAAAGAAACGACCAAUCGAAAUACUUCCCGGAAUUGCUAUACCAAAUGACCUUUGGUUAAAAGAGGAUGUUACCAUUAAAGAUGUUAAAAUUAAAAUUUCAUUAUUACAAGAAAUUAAUUUAAUGUUAGAAAAUGAAUUAGAAUCUUCUCAAAAUUAUGACAAACCAAUUGAAAUUGAUUUAACUACCUUAUCCUACUAUGAAAAAUUAUUGACUGCCUAUAAGUUUUUACAAAUGCCAGUAAGAGAAUCAUUCAUCUCAAAUUAUAAACAGAAAACUAUUGACUUAUCUUUAAAAGAAGAAGAGGAAGAUGAAUUAGAAGAAAAUGAUUUAUUUGAUGAUUCAAAAUCUUUAAUGAGAACCUCUUCAAGAACUUCCACAAGUACUAGUAAUAAUUCAAAUCAAAAUCAAAAUCAAAAUCUUAAUAGUAAUAUCAAUUAUAAUAAUGGUAUAAUAUCAACUCCUUAUUCAGAAUAUCCUCCUUCCAAUAAUGAAAUAUCCCCUGGUACAGUUGAUGAAGAUGGUAAAAAACAACAAGCUUUAAAUAAUCUUUUGGCAAAACUGAAACUUUAUCAUAAAAUUAAAAAACAUCGUGAACUGUCAAGCUCCUUGAAUUCUAAUACUCUGGGUCACUCAAGCUUUUCUUAUAGUAAUAGAAACAGCAUUAGUACCACUAAUACCUCUAAUUCUGCUCAUUCUCGUCGCAGAGCAAGUUCAACCGUGACAACCCCAGAUUUUAAUGAAAGAUCCCUAAUGCAACCAGUAAGAAUUCCAAUGAUUCAAUUUCCAACUUUAUCCCCAGUUCAAAAACAAGAAAAUCAAAAAAUUAAAUUAGAAUAUUAUGUCCAAUUGAAAAGAUUAACUAAUAUCAUUAGUUCAAUGAUAGAUAAUAUAAAUAAAUCAGUUCAUUCCCAUAAUUUGAUAAAAUUAGUCGAAUUUGUUAAAAAUUACGUUUUCAAAUUCAUCAUCAUUGAUGUUUCUCAAAUGAUUAUUGAUUAUGGGUAUUUUAAAUCAAUGGAUUACGGGUCCAAAUGA